GUGGCAUGCACAGCAAAAUGUGAAAGGAGGCAGGAUUUAGGAAACUACAGAAGUUUAUUAAAACAGGGAAUGAAGCUGGUGAAAAAUAAAGGUACAGCAUAAAUGGAUGUAAAUUGAAUAUGAAGACACGAGAGAUUGGGAGAAUGUAAACAUCAGAGAAAAAAGUCUUUCGGUAUCGUCCUGCUUUUGCUGCGGUGGGGAAAGGAACGCAAAUUGUUUCAAGAUGGAAUGCCUGAAGUUGAUGCAAGGGGAGGCUAAAAGGACAUGGAGGACCCAGCUGAGGCAGAACGGCUCCCACGGGAAAACAAAUGCUUUUAACAAAUAAGUGGGGUGUCAAGAGAGAAAAGACGCUGGUGGUAAGGAGAGGAGAGUGAGAGACAUCAAACUUCGAGAGAGGCGAGCCGAGAGGCGGAGGCAGCAGAACCUGAGAGCUCAUGCUUUUUUUCCAAAGACCACCGAGAUGCGAAGAAAAGAAAUUUCAUCUCCUGCUGGGGAAGCUACAGAGAUGUUAAGGAAGGAUUUGGGUCAUCCAGGCCCGUGUUACACAUAGAGGGACCCCACGUCUGCUUUGGGAUGGAGAUUUCGUCCCACCAAUUCCACCUCCUGGAGCAGCUCAAUGAGCAGCGCAGGCAGGACUUGUUCUGUGACUGCAAUAUCCUGGUGGAGGGGAAGGUGUUCAAAGCGCACCGCAAUGUGCUGUUUGCCAGCAGUGGGUACUUCAAGAUGCUCCUUUCGCAGAGCUCAAAGGAAAUGACUCAGCCCACCACAGCCACCUUCCAGGCCUUUUCUCCGGAUACUUUCACAGUUAUUCUGGAUUUUGUGUAUUCGGGCAAGCUGUCUCUCACCGGUCAGAAUGUCAUCGAGGUCAUGUCGGCCGCCAGCUACCUUCAGAUGACCGACGUUAUCAGUGUGUGUAAAACAUUCAUUAAGUCCUCACUGGACAUCAGCGAGAAGGAGAAGGAUCGCUACUUCAGCCUGUCAGACAAGGAGGUGAAUUCCAAUGGUGGGGAGCAGCCGUGUCUGUACAGCGCGGGCUGGAGAGCAGAAAGCAGCCCCCCACAUUCACACUCAAACCCAGACCAAGGGACGUGUAUGAGGGGAAACGUUUGGAGCAACUUCAACUACUAUCCAGCUUCUCAAAGGAGCACGCAGCAGCAGCCGUCCAAACAUGACCAAAGGCAGGAUUCCAUAAAGAAAUCCCGGCACCCGGGACUGCAGCAACCUUCUGACAUCCCUCACUAUAAAUCAAGCAAACUCGAGGACAGGGCUGCUGAGCCUGCUGGCCACAUUUCCCAAUCUGAGGACCAGGUUCAGGUUGAGGCAGAAGUGGAGUCUCCUCACGUGGGCUAUCAGUACGGCCAGGGCUCUGAUGUGAUCUCCAGGAGCUUAGCUGUGCCGCAGCAGGAGCGUGACUCGCCCCGUCCUUCCAGCAAAUCCAAGUCUCCAAAAGCAGACGAGCAGUAUCCCAGCAUGCCCUCCAUCGUGGGUGUGAUGGGCGGCUGGGCUGAAGAUGAUCUACCCAGGAUGAGGUUCAAGUGCCCGUUCUGCACUCACAUGGUGAAAAGAAAAGCAGACCUGAAGCGUCACCUCCGGUGCCAUACAGGAGAGCGGCCGUACCCAUGCGAGGCGUGCGGGAAGAGGUUCAGCAGGCUGGACCACCUCAGCAGCCAUUUCCGCACAAUCCAUCAGGCUUGUAAGCUGAUCUGCAGGAAGUGUAAACGCCACGUGACUGAACUGACAGGACAAGUGGUGCAGGAGGGGACAAGGCGUUACAGGCUCUGCAAUGAGUGCCUGGCUGAAGCUGGCAUUGACAGCAUUCGCAUUGACUUGGAGGCUGAAGCACCCCUUGAAUUUCCACCAGAUGGGGAUAAGGAUUCCAGGUGGCACUACGGGGAAGACAACAAAUCUGAUGUGGAAAUUGUGGAGGAUGGGUCAUCUGAUUUGGUCAUCCAGCAAGUUGAUGACAGUGAGGAUGAAGCAGAGGAGAAGGAAGUAAAACCAAAUAUUAGGUAGUUGUGAGACGAACAUUAGUGCAUGGAAUUCCUUCUCCAUGGAAAUCCUGUCUUGCCUAUGAGCCCUUCACCAGCCCGUCAUCUACAAAGACCUGUUGGUUUCUCUUGAGCGGGUCCAGACUUGCAUGUGUUCAUGGACAUGUCAUUGAGUCCAUCCUGAGUUUUGCUAUUGAAAUACCCAUACUUUGCUUCAUUAGAAACAAUCCACCCUUAAAUGGAGUAACGGCUGACCACGGAAGCUGAAGUACUACAAGGAUAAGGUUUUGCAGUAGACAGUGAGUCUCUUCUCAAAACCUCUUUCAAAGAGGUAAGGUCUAAAUACUUAAAAAACUUGCACACCAAUGUAAAUUACUCUUCAGCAUUCAGAAAUAAAGAUAAUUUUCCAUGAAGUUUCAUUAAGUCUUCAUAUAUUAUGAUUAGAAAAGCUAGGCAAAGACUUACGAAGAAGCAUAUAAAAAUGUUUAGCAUGUAACUGGAAAAGCAUUUUCUUGUAAAAUUUGUUCACUCUGAAAAUUUGGAACCCAGACUGAGAUGUGUUCUUAUAACCAUUUGUAAAAUACCUUGUUAAUACAAACAUCUGUGGAUGAAAUCUGCCUGGGCUUCAGCAAAGCCUCUGACUCUGUCUGCCACAGUAUUGUGGAGGAGCUGCAGCCCGUGGCUGGGAUAGGAGCAACCUGGGAGGAGGCGUCGAUCUGCCUGAGCUUAGGAAGGCCCUAUGGAGGGAUGUGGACAGGCUGAUAGCUGGGCUGAGGCCAUUGGGAUGAGCUUUGACACAACUGAGUGCCAAGUGCUGCGUUUCAGUUACAAAAACACUUCAUGUUUCCACAGGCCUGGGGCAGGACGGCUGGAAAGCUACAUGGGAAAUCCCUGUUUGUGUUUGGGGAUGGAUGAAGGGAAACUGUCAAUCCAGGCCUGAAAUCUUAACUGCGAACAGCAAAGAUUACACUAUUAAGAAUUUCUGUAUACUUCAGGGAGUUUCUAGAAGCAAAGGGAUUUCUGGAUCAAUAUUCCAUUUAAUUAGGUAUUGUAAAUCUAAUAGUGAGCACUAGAUUCUUUAGGGAAAAAAAGACAUGAAGUGGUUACAAUGGGCAAAUGGAACAAUCUGCCCAUAAGAAGACAUUAAGUACAGGCAAAUGAAUGACUGACUUGCCCUGGUGAAGCAGGGCUUUCACUGCCUUUAUACGUCUUUGUUAUUCUCAGCACCAUACCUAAAUGUCUGUAGUCAUUUUUAAAGCAUCUUAUUAAGCUCGGAGUUGCAGCUCUGCGCUGCAAUUCCCACAGCUCAGUUCUGUUUUGUAUUUAAAGAGAUGAGCAUUUUACAUCUACUGCUUUAAUUUCAGUUGUUGUUUCCUUAUUUUUGUAUUACAAGACAAGAUAAAUGUUAAGUGCCUUAUAUUUUCCAUGUUCUUCAUUUUACAUAUCCAGCCAUAUAUUUUGUUUGUUUUCCUCUAAAUUAAAAUAAUACUGUUCUAUUUUCUUUUAA